AUGCCCAAGAAAUUCCAGGGGGAGAACACUAAGUCGGCAGCCGCCCGGGCAAGGAAGGCUGAGGCCAAGGCAGCGGCCGAUGCCAAGCGGCAGAAGGAGCUGGAGGAUGCCCUCUGGAAGGACGAAGAUAAAGCGGUUAUAAGGAAAGAUAACAAGAAAGAGGAGCGCGAGAAGCGCCGUCUGGAGCAGCUCAGUCGGAAGAAAGAGCUUCAGCGCCUGCUGGAGGAGGAGGAUGCCACGAUGAAGGGGAAGUCGCCCAAGCAGCUAGUCCCCAGUAAGGUCACCAGAGCCCAGAUCGACGAGUCGCUCCGGAAAGACCAGAAGGAGAACGGGGACGACGAGGAAAAACAGAAGAGCCACCUUGAUGUGCCCUUGGAGGAGAACAUCAACAGGAGGGUGCUGGAUGAAGGAGCCGUGGAGGCCCGGACCAUAGAAGACGCGAUCGCCGUGCUCAGUGUCGCCGACGACCUGGACCGCCACCCCGAGCGCCGGAUGAAAGCCGCCUUCGCCACUUUUGAGGAGGAGAACCUUCCCCGCCUCAAGCAGGAGAACCCGAACAUGCGCCUCUCCCAGCUCAAGCAGCUGCUCAAGAAGGAGUGGAUGCGAUCCCCCGAAAACCCCAUGAACCAGAGGCACACUGCCUACAACAGCCAGAAAUGAGACACCAGGAGGGAGGGAGGGAGGGGCGCAGGCCGGCAUGUGCAGGAGAGAGAGUCUCCGUGCCCCCUCUUCCUCACCCCCCCAUAUCUCCAAGGACUGCUGUGACAGCCCUCCUUGCUCCACUUUUAAGGAUCGAAAAGGUGCAACUAAUUCCCCCCCUUUCCCCCCUCCCUCUCUCCGAGCCCUUUGCUUUGUUGAUCUCCUUCCCCCUCCCCCACUGAAGUUCCCCAUUAAAUCAAGAGGGUUUUCCCUCUCCACGGGUCUUCCUGAGCUUCUUGGGGUGCAGAGUCUGGUCGAUUUCAGUAAUAGCGGAGCCAAACAUGCAGCGGUCCCCCCCCCCGAGACUGGCGGGGAGCGGAUUCUAUGAAAAGGGGCGGCCCCCGCCCUGUCCAAGUAGGUGACUUUUCAAAGCUUGGGCCCGCUUUGUUAAAAAAAAAACAGCCGAAGCCGAGCCUGCGCGGCGGCUCUGCCGUCUGCCUUGCUUUGAAUAUCGGCGGCCCUUCGCUUUCGAAGGUGGGGGGGGGGCACCUCUACAAACACCCGAAGCGAAACGGGUCCCUUGUUCCCGCUCGCGUUGUCAGGGCCGUGCCUCCGCAGAACGCGGACGGCAGGCUGGUGCGAUCGAGCUGUACGAAUGAAACGAUUCGCCGUGCUUUACAGAGCGAGCGUUUCAGGGGCCAAGAGUAGGCCCGGGAGCCCUUUCCCCUGACCCUGCUGGGUUUGGGGACGAGGAAGGCGUUUCGACUGCUCCUCUCCACUAGAAUGCCCCUUGCACGUGGGAAGCCAGGAGCCUUCCGCCCCCCCGAUCAGGAACUUUCUUAUUUCCAGGGCUUUCUGUCCCAAGAAGCCCAGCUGUCAUCUGAAGCAAUACAGCCCAGACCCAGGUUGACUGUUACAAGGAGAACAUGGCUCAAGGGUCGUGAAGAUCAUCUUCUUGCUCUUAGCGGAAAUCGGCACACGCCGUUGGUCUGGCAGACCCAGUUCCAGUGAAGCCCUGCCAGCAUUUCACAGGGGAAGAUCCCGCUGGUCCGUUCCACUAGUGGAGGGUGCUCUUCUCCGACCCGGGUCUUCCCAUGCCUCUCGCGUCGGCGAGGAAGUGCCUCUCGCCAGACUAAAAUGCUAGCGGAACAGAUCCAGGGGAUCCGACCUCUAGGCACCGCCUUCUCCCCAAAGACCCUUUGCGGAGGCCCGCUGAUGGAAGAGAAGCUGGGACUCCCAACGGCAGAAGGUCCCUGUGCCCUCUUUGCAUCUAGGGUUAGUCCGAGAGACUCGAUUCCGGCAUUGCUGAUAGGGCACGGUUCUCAAGACCGGACCGGAGCCUGUAGGUCCCCGGAUUGGAGCAGAGGUCCCUGUGCCCUCUUUGCAUCUAGGGUUAGUCCGAGAGACUCGAUUCCGGCAUCACUGAUAGGGCACAGUUCUCACGGCCGGACCGGAGCCUGUAAAUCCCCGGAUUGAAGCGCCCGCCUGGUUCUUCCGGCUGCUCCCGCCUCAGUCCCUCUUCUGGACUUGUGUUUCCCGCUGAGCCCCUCCACGUUUUCGAUGCUGUCGAGCCAAGUCCCUGCAGGGGACACCGCAUAUACGUUUUACAGCAACUGCGACGUCCCCUUCCCGUCCUUAAUGCACACAGCCCUCCUCAUGGCCACGCAAGAGCGUGCGGCAGGAUUCUCCCUCUCUCCGCCACACUUGCCGUCCCCUCCCGCCGGCUUCCGACGAGGCGUGCGUCGAUGAGGGAUGUCGGCAAAGGGGGAGCUGCAACCCCCCCCUUCCCAGAAUCCUUCCUAUCGAUUUGCUCUUCUUCUCCUGCCGCAGCGAUGACACAGCUGCAUCAGGUCGCCUUCCUCGGGGACUGGGUGGUGGUGGGUUCCCGUAGCAGAGCUGCAAGCCCGUUGGUGGGGAAUCCCGGCCAUGGGUAUGCCUGCCUCUCUUUUUCUCUAAAGCCGCUUCUCUUUCCUUUGGGCCCGCUUGCGCUCUGGGCGCUGUCCCAGUGUGCGUUCCACCCAGGCCUGCAGCUACAGUGGUGCAUCUUGGGGCCUGGCCCCCUGACUUACUGCCAAGGCCCCCCGACUUCCCAUACUUUGAGGGGAGUGCAGGAAUGUGUACAGGGUGCCCCCUGAAUUUUAAAGAAUCCUAGCUACGGGUCUGGAUCUACCCUCUGGGUCCGUCCCCAGUCGCAGAAAUCGAUACCAGUGGGGCAAGGCUUGAGCCCAACGCCGGUGCAUGGCCGGGGAGGGUGCCAUUCCUGUGAGCCAUCUUCCACAGGGCUUCCCCUUCCUUCCCGGUCCCCACUCCCAUCCAGCCCCUCUUUUCACAGCCGCUCGCAUGGAACCUCCCUUCCCCUGGGGCCCCGCACAGUCCUUGCAAGAGUCGUUCGUCCUUCGGUGGUCCAGUGGCAUCCCGACCCCCCCACGACUGCAGGGAGGGGAAGCCGUCGGGUGCCGAAAGACGAGCAGUGGACCUAGGGCUCCCUUCUGCGCAGACGGUUUCUGAUUUCCCCCAGCGGGGACAAAAGAGGAGCCAUCUUGCUUCCUUUUGUGGCUCCCUCCGCGCCCGCCCCCCCCAAGUCUCACCUUGCCAAUUCCUGGGCAGGUGGCAAUGCCCGUGAGCCACCCCUGGCCCCGCCCACAGCUUCCCUUGUUAAGCCUCCGCCCACCCCCUUCCUCCCACGGUUCCCUUUGGCCCCUCGUGCCGUUCGGGGUAGAUCGUUGGCGAGUGCCGGAAUUCAACAGCCCUUCCUGGGCAUGUUGUUCCAGCACUGAAGGGUGUGGGACCGGGGUGGACAGGGGUUGGGGGUGUUACAGCUCAGUGCUGUUUUGGAACACUUUUUUUCUCCUGCUUUGCUCAUCUCCCCCCCCCUCGGAGUCUUAGAGGGAUUAUGGGGCAAUGGAACAGGCGCAGCAUGAUCCUUUUUGGCCGCGAGGGCUGUAAGAGAUUAGAAUGUCUUUUCUCUUUUUACAAAAAAAAAUGGAUUGCUCCCUCCGUUCCCCGACUCUCCGGCACACGCGCGCACCCCGCGUCCCUGCCCAUUUUCUCAUUGCUGGAAUAGAAUCGGGUUGCCUGCAGCGAAACUCGAAAAGCCAUAAUUACGCCUUCCCAGUCGGCGUGACUUUUCCAAGACGCCCGUGGAAAGAAAGCAGGCGCGCGCACACACACAAAACCCCUCUUGCUGCGUCGUGCUGCAAUUAAGUCGGCUCUGCUUGACGGCGUCGCCGGGAAAAGGCACACACGCGCGGGCACAUGCACGUUCUGACUCCAGGACUAUUGCUUUUGGAAGGCAGGGCUUCUGGAUGUUUGGAUGGCUUAUCCGGCGGGAGGCGAGACUGCCAAAAGCCAGUGCCAGCUUGAACGCCCACUUGGGCGGUAUCUCUUUUCAAAGAAGAUCAGUCUUUAGACAGGAGCCAUGCCUCUGCCCAGACUGUCUAAAGAUGCUCCCAUCUGGCCCCGAACGAAGCGCAGAACAUCUUUCUCCCCCCCACCACCACUGAAUACGGCUGGAUUCGCUCCCUUCCCGCAGGGGGGAAGGCCAUGUCUGCCUUUAAAUGAAUUCGACCCAUCUUGUUAAACCCUCUCUAAGGAAUAAAGUAUUUGAA